GACAUUUGCUACUCAGAAGCUCAGUACAAUUAGGGACAGCACAUUACUGUGGCUGCUCACCAGUUAGAGAAAUCUGUAGCUAACUUAUAAACCUUGUAUUAGUGGACAGACUAAAGGAACACCAUCUAUUAUAAAAACAGAGUGGUUGUCAUGUUGGGAGAAGCCUUCAUCAGAGUCUUCAGGUACAGGGAAGAGGAUUGUGACCCCCAUUCCACAAAGGCUCAGGAACGUCCACCACAUCCUGCCCCCAAUAUAAUUCUGACCCCAGGUUCAAUGUCAGGAAACAUGGAAGGUCUGGUGCAGUCUGAUCCUAGAGUGACAACCAGGCUCAGUGAUGCCCUCACCAUCCCCAAUAGCCACUGUGAUGACUAUGGUGACCUGGAGCUCUAUCGCUCCUGGUGCUGCACCACCUUCUGCAAAGACUACCCCGACCUGCAGCUCAGAGGGGACCAUGUGGGAAACAGGAGCUCAGAGAGCCCGCGGCUGGAGAAUGAGGGGUUCGAAGGACCACUUCUUCAAUCUCAGGACCUGGGAGAGCUGGAGGCCUUGGAACCCACAGGGCCUGUGGAGCCUAGGGUGCAGGUGGAGUCCCAGCCCCUGCAGGAUGAGGGUUGCCUGGUCAUGGACAGCAGCAUCAUCACCCUGAACAGGGAGCCUCUAUCCAAUUCCAUGCUGAACGGCUAUCUGGAGAGUAAGCUGCUGGAGGUGUACAGCCAGCACAUGCAGGACAGCCUGGCCCGGGGCAGCUCUCCCCUGGUCCAGACACCUCCCCAGGGCUUGAUACCAGCCCCAGUAAUGCAGCUCAGCCUGCAUCUCUGUCAGGACCACGGCCUGGACUCCAGUACGGCCCAGAGCAUCGUCAUCCACUACCUUAGCACCUACACCGUGGCUAGCUCCCACUUCAGCUCCCCCAACCUGCGCAUCUCCAACCCUGAGCCUAGAAGAAAGCCCACCUGACUGAAACCAGCAGUAGUUUCACUUUAUCCUCCAACUAACAUACUUGACAAUGGUCUACAGUUUUAGUUUUGUUUUCUCUGUACUGAAUCUGUAUACUUGGUGGUCAGUUGUAUUGCAUUCGGUUCAAUAGGUAAAUUAAAUUGAUAGUUUGGGAUGGA